CACCCCAGCCCCCGGAGCCCUGAGAAGGCUCGUGGACCUGUCCAAGAGGAACCUCCUAGGGAGAGUGCUUCAGCUUUCUGGACACUCCCGGUUCAAGUGCAGCUCCCCCUUCCCCUCCGGAAAGUCCUCCUGAGCCCCAAGAAGAUCCCAGUAAAACACAUCAACAUGGCAGACGUGGACACCAGCGCCACCGCAUCGGAGGCUGGAACUGAAGAUGUUUCCCUUUUCAGCAUGACAGACAUGUUUCUCUUUUCACUUAUUGUGGGGCUCCUGACCUACUGGUUCUUCUUCAGAAAGAAAAAGGAAGAAAUCCCCGAGUUCACUAAAAUUCAGCCUGUACCUCCAAAUGUCAAAGAAAGUAGCUUUGUGGAGAAGAUGAAGAAAACGGGUAGGAACAUCGUUGUGUUUUAUGGCUCCCAGACGGGCACAGCUGAAGAAUUUGCUAACCGCCUCUCCAAAGACGCCCACCGUUACGGAAUGAGGGGCAUGGCUGCGGACCCCGAGGAGUAUGACUUGGCGGAUUUGAGCAGUCUUCCAGAAAUAGAGAACUCCCUGGCUGUGUUCUGCAUGGCCACCUAUGGCGAGGGAGACCCCACAGACAAUGCUCAGGACUUCUAUGACUGGCUGCAAGAGACAGAUGCGGAUCUCUCUGGUGUCAGAUUUGCGGUGUUUGGUCUUGGGAACAAGACCUAUGAACACUUCAACGCGAUGGGGAAAUAUGUGGACAACAGGCUGGACCAGCUGGGGGCUCAGCGGAUAUUUGAACUCGGCCUGGGAGAUGAUGACGGGAACUUGGAGGAAGAUUUUAUCACCUGGAGAGAGCAGUUCUGGCCGGCCGUUUGUGAAUAUUUUGGAGUGGAAGCUACUGGUGAGGAGUCCAGCAUUCGUCAGUACGAGCUGGUGGUUCACACUGAUGAAAACAUGAACAAAGUGUACACCGGGGAAAUGGGCCGCCUGAAGAGCUAUGAGAACCAGAAACCGCCUUUUGACGCCAAGAAUCCUUUCCUGGCCAUCGUGACCACAAAUCGGAAGCUGAACCAGGGCGGAGAACGCCAUCUCAUGCAUCUGGAGCUAGACAUCUCAAACUCCAAAAUCAGGUACGAGUCCGGGGACCACGUUGCCGUGUACCCAGCCAAUGAUGCGUUGCUCGUUAACCAGCUCGGAGAGAUCCUGGGGGCUGACCUGGAUGUGGUCAUGUCCCUGAACAACCUGGAUGAGGAGUCCAACAAGAAGCAUCCGUUCCCCUGCCCCACCACUUACCGCACGGCACUCACCUACUACCUGGACAUCACCAAUCCCCCUCGAACCAACGUCCUCUAUGAGCUGGCACAGUACGCUGGGGAGCCGGCAGAACAGGAGCAACUCCGCAAGAUGGCGUCCUCGUCGGGCGAGGGCAAGGAGCUGUACCUGAGCUGGGUUGUGGAAGCCAGGAGGCACAUCCUGGCCAUUCUUCAGGACUACCCCUCCCUCCGGCCCCCCAUUGACCACCUAUGUGAGCUGCUGCCCCGCCUGCAGGUCCGCUACUACUCCAUUGCCUCCUCCUCCAAGGUUCACCCCAACUCCGUUCACAUCUGUGCCGUGGUGGUGGAGUAUAAGACCAAGGCGGGCCGGGUCAACAAGGGCGUGGCUACCAACUGGCUCCGGGCCAAGGAGCCCGCCCAGGAGAACGGGAACAAGGCCACCGUACCCAUGUUCGUGCGCAAGUCCCAGUUCCGGCUGCCCUUCAAGCCCACCACGCCCGUCAUCAUGAUCGGCCCGGGCACCGGCAUCGCCCCCUUCAUGGGCUUCAUCCAGGAGCGGGCGUGGCUGAAAGAGCAGGGUAAGGAGGUGGGGGAGACCGUGUUGUACUACGGCUGCCGCCGGGGAGACGAGGACUACUUGUACCGGGAGGAGCUGGCGCGCUUCCACAAGGACGGAGUCCUCUCCCAGCUCCACGUGGCCUUCUCCCGGGAGCAGACCCAGAAGGUUUAUGUGCAGCACCUGAUGAAGCAGAACAAGGAGCAUCUCUGGAAACUGAUCCACGAGGGCAGCGCGCACAUCUACGUGUGCGGGGAUGCCCGGAACAUGGCCCGCGACGUGCACAACGUGUUCUGUGAGAUCGCGUCCGAGUUCGGGGGCAUGAGCCAGUCCCAGGCUGUGGACUUCAUCAAGAAACUGAUGGCGAAGGGGCGCUACUCCCUGGAUGUGUGGAGCUAGGGUCGGCCCGACCGCCCUGGGACUGAGAGGGCGCGGGCCGGAGGCGGCCCGGCCGGCCCAGCCCCUGUUCUGUAAUCAGCCCUUUUCUCUUUGCCUUCUCACUCUUACUAGGUUGUUCCCACUUAGCCUGGCCGUGGGGGAGGGGGGUUCUGGGGGAAGACUGGCCCCGGAGGGCCACCCCCCCUCCCCCCUGCAGAGCCCGCUGGCUGCCAUGGUCACUCUUUCCAAUGCCCCAGAGAGGCACGGGGACCACUGGGCUGCUUCCCUGCUCUUGAGGUCAGGAGUUUGGGAUUGGGUGAGGGUGUGUGGGGGGGUCAGGCCAAGCCUGUCUCCCAUCCCCAGCCCAGGGCCUGCUACCUCAAUUCCCAAGUGCUCUGGGAUUAGAGUGGGGAGCCCAGCUCCUCUUCCUUGUGGAAGAAGAGUUAAGGGACCAAGUCGGUCCCUUCCCCAGUGCCUGGAGUCCAGGGUGCCUCCGGCCAGGGCUCUCCUGUGCCAAAAUGCCCACCUCCUUCCCCCCGAUUGAGGGUCGGUGUCCUGUGGCCUUUGGCUAAGGCCUUGAAAGCUGCUGCUCAACGAGUAGGAGGGGAGAGGAGGGAGCAGUCUCAAAGCCGGGGCUUUUGCCCCCACGUUUCCCCCCCCCCUCCUCCUGUUCCCCAAGUUUCCUUCCCAUUGGCAUUGGCUCAACCAUGAAGCAGGCUUUGGAAGGAGAGUGCUGGGUGCAACCCCCCCCCAGAACGUCCAAUGAGUGUAAAUAAUUAUUUUGAAAUAUUCUUUGAUCUUGGAAUAGAAUUGUUUUUUUU